CCCGGGCUCUUUGUGGGGCCGCGAGCUCGGUGGAGAACCGAGAGCUCCGUGUGCUCUGCGGACGCCGCUGGCAGCGGGGCUGUCUCCGGAAGGCGGACCCGCGAACGCCUAGUGCUUGCACUCGGCCGCCGGCCGCGCCUGUCUGCGCCCCUGACACCCUUACUCGGGACGCAGUGACCGUUUUUAAGUCACAAGGGCGUGGGUCAGCCUCCCCUAGGACUUCAUGUCUGUAUAUUUCCCCAUUCACUGCCCUGACUACCUGAGAUCUGCCGAGAUGACUGAGGUGAUGAUGAACGCCCCAUCCAUGGAGGAGAUUGGCCUCAACCCCCGAAAGGAUGGCCUUUCCUAUCAGAUCUUCCCCGACCCGUCGGACUUUGACCGCUCCUGCAAAGUGAAGGACCGCCUGCCCUCCAUUGUGGUAGAGCCCACGGAGGGCGAGGUGGAGAGUGGGGAGCUCCGGUGGCCCCCCGAGGAGUUCGUGGUCCAGGAGGACGAGCAGGACAACUGUGAAGACACAGAGAAAGACAACAAGGAGCAAUAGAGUCCCCGCCGCCUCCCUGGGGGCCAUACCAGACGGCAUCUGUCCCUGAACUGUGUUCUUUCCCAUGGAAGAAGGGAGUGAGCCACAACAGUUCUGAAAAUGUCAAAUGAUGGCUUCCGUUUUGCACCUGCAAA